AGAAACAUUUUGGUUCGAACCCCGCAUGAUCGAACAGAGAGAUCUUGCUAAAAUGUCUAGUUUUGUUUUGCUUGCUUUGUUGUUGCAAACCACCAACGUGUUUGCCGGCCCAUGCAUUGAUGGUCACCGAUUUUGCCCACACUGGGCCAACAUGGGAGCGUGCCAAGCGAACCGGGAAUACAUGGCAAGGCACUGUGCGAAGUCUUGUGGUUGUGAGCGCAUCAAUCCGCCCUCGGAUGAGACUACCACCACAGAGACCACGGCACAGACGACAGCCACAACGGUCACCACGACAAUUGCAGAGACCUCCAAGGCCUCCACAAGCGAGUCGAGCGGAACCACAGAUGACUCUGAAGAGACCACAGCAACGGUCACAGAGGCAGCACCAAAAACAGAGGCAUCAACUUCUCCGUCAGUUUUGCCAUCAACUACAGAGGUGGUGAGCACGAGGCCCCCGUCACCAGCGCCAACAUGUAGCCAGUACCAGAGGAAGGAAAAUACAGACCUUGCCGGCGUCAUGUUGGUCAAGGUGCGAGCUUGGAGCUUCGAUGCUUGCUGCAGCAAAUGUGAUGCAACAGACGGAUGCGAUGGUUUUUCUUUCUAUCGGCGUAUGUGUUACCUGAAAGCAAAUUUGCAGGGAACAUUUCCGAAGGCUUCUCGCACAACAUUCAUUCGCAAACAACCUGUGCGACCAGGGCAAUGUUCUGCUUUUGCCCAGACGCAGGCAAAUUCUGAUUUGGCAGGAAUCUUGGUGAAGCCUCCACUGUUCGCAGUAGAACAGGAAGAUUGCUGCCACGCAUGCGCCACAGUACCCGAAUGUGAAGGAUUUUCGUACUAUCGUAAUUUUUGUUACCUCAAAGGCAAGUUGCAGGGCACGUAUCCAAAAUCGGGCUGCAAAGUUCAAGUGAAAAGUUCAGCACGUCGAUUGCUUGGGGAUGAACACUCUCCAGGAUUGUGGGUGUAAAUGCUCCUUACUGCGCAGUGUGAGUCCAAAGCUAUGCCAAAACAAGGUGCUGUCCACAGCUGCGUUCUGCAUGAUUCUUACACCUCAUGGUCCAAUUUUGAGUCACCUACCCAUGGCCCGAUGGCUUCUACUUUUGACGGGCAUAAUUCAUCGCACACUUGGAGUCGAUUCCAGAAUGUGCGUUUGCUUUUGUGGGCAGUAAUUUCUGUUCCAGAAUCCGAACAGCUAGAAAUGUUGGCAUGAUGUGGAUAAAUGCAGCGCCUUUUUGGUAUGUACUUGAAAGAUCUUGAAAGAUUCUGGAACUGAAUCUUGCCGUGUCCAUUUUGUUGGUCCACUUGUACAGUGUGGACUGAGAAAAACAAAAUACAAACAAAUCCUAUACUCAGAUGAUACCUAGUCAUUUGAUGGAAUUUUGGGUUUUGGCCUACAUUGCAAAAUAGUAAUGUCACGUGCCAAACUCCCAAUGGGGAAAUCCCUGUUCGGGACUAAUCUGGCGCUGUUGGACACCUUUCACUGCUUUGAAAGAAAGAAUUGAGCAGUUAAAAAAUGUAGGGCAAUAUUUUCCGGCUUAAAUUGGAUAUUGAAUAGUAUUCGCAAAAGGAAG